UGUCAUAUCAGCUGGUGGGGUGGGAAGUUCGCGAAUCGCGUCGCGGAUUUCGACGGGUGACGGCGAGCCGAAUCGCGAUAUCUCGUCAAUGUUUUAUUUACACCAUACGCGAGAAAACACAAACACUCACCUAUCAGCCUAAGUUACGUAUUAAUUUGCCACUUCAAGGCCACAAACAGCCGACGCAAAAAGUUCCUCUCUGCUUCGUUCGAUUGGUUAGUGCCGUUCAAGUUCUAGUUGUGCAAAGUCAGCGAGGGUGCGAUAAGCACCUGAAUUUCGACCGGAAUCCUUCCCGAAGCCCCAUUUCCCAGGCGGAAACCCUCCAGCGGAACUGUUUGUCCAGCUUUCUCACACAUACCCGGACCAUCCCAUCUACCAUCCGCACGCCCGUCGCCGGACGUAGGUACCUAUCAGUAAUAUUGCCCCCGCGGAACGUGGUUCGGUAAUCAAUCAGCACGCAAAUCGCUCGGAGAGAUGGCCGCCGCCAUGGGAAGGAAGCUGAUCGACAGCUUGAAGAGCAAGGAGUUCCGCGAGUAUCUGAUGAGCACCCACUUCUGGGGCCCGGUCGCCAACUGGGGCAUUCCGAUUGCGGCUCUCGCUGACAUCAAGAAGGAUCCGAAGAUCAUCUCCGGGACGAUGACCACCGCCCUGUGCCUAUACUCGUUAGUGUUCAUGCGCUUCGCCUGGAAGGUGACGCCGCGAAAUAUGCUUCUGUUCGGGUGCCACAUCACCAACUUCACUGCCCAGAGCAUCCAGGGUGCCCGGUGUUUGGAGUACAACUAUCUGGGAGGGAACAAACGCGCGCAGCAACAGCAGCAGCAACCGAGUGAUUCUCCUGCUGAGCAGCAGAAACAUUAGGCAAAUUUUAGUAGAAAAAAAAACACACAAUUUGUGGGAAACGGUGGUGAAAUCUCUCGAAUGGAUAAUCAAUCGAAUCGAACUAGAACAAUUAGAACAAACUCCUAGAUGUUCGGGGAAAAGUGUUAUGGAACAUUCGAUAGUUAACAAGCUAUUUUGUCAAGCCUUAAAGGUACUUUCUUGAGAGUAGGGAAUAUGAUUCUGGUAGUUUUCUAGCUUUAACUAUUGUUUCGGAACUUUUUGCGUUGUUGUUUUGUGGAGCUUGUAUUAAGACCCAGUGUGUCAGUACUACUUAGGUACUACUAGUUUACGUAAAGAAAAAGCAGUCAAACUAGGGGGUUCAGGGAAAAGGGGGUUGAAGCGCCCACAAAUUUUAGAAACGUACACUUUACAAACAGGAUACAAACUUUUACAAAUGCACUUUUGCACUAACCGUAGUCUUUCCACAGUUGCACUAAUGAAAUUUAACGGUAGGACGUUAAAACGUAGAACAGGAGAUUUUUAGACGCAUAAAACUCAGGACUCAUUUCCUCCAAUGUACAGUAAAAUCCAACAUAUAUCGAACGCUCAACCCACUUUUUUAUGUAUGAUACCAAAAUGGAGAUAACUAUGAUUGUAAUAAAAAGACAUCCACAGUUUCAGUUGCCAACGAAUUGAUCUUCUCGUCCUAGAUGGUCCAAUCCUAUCCAAUCAAAAUCUACAUCACGAGACCAACAGACAACGAGAUAAGUUUAAUCGGAAGUAUGGGCACACUGUUUUGCGGGAACUAUUUUUCUGUACAGAUGUGAAGCAGGUAUUUUCACAAUAAAUGUCAUAUUGAAUGCAGUUUUGAAGCUUA